CCGUAAUCGGUUUCAAACGUUCUCCGCUAAUCCCCUGGAUAACGAAUGAAUAGUAAAUACGACGUUGGAGCUUCUCACACCGUUUUCUAACAUUUAUCUGUUCAGCGGGGGUUGAACAAGGGGAAUAGCCUGUAGUGAUCAGAGCGUGGCAGGAGGGGGUAUGAAAAGUGGUCGGAGAAUGCUUUAAGCCAAACUGGAGCCGAAGGGUGGCGAAAUCGCACGAAUCGUGCCGACCCGAACCGAAAGCUCGGUUGCCCCUGUCAGUAGGCCUGCCGCAACGCAGCAGUGAGCGCGCCUUCUACCACGCGCUGAGAUUACGCGACUUUUUCCCUGAAUUCCGUCGAUAUUCGCCAUACUUCCACUGAUUUUCCCUACCGAUACGCUUCGCUUAUUAUCCGUUGGUAAAACGAUCGUAACACGAAACAAAUUAUUGCCCUUAAAACUCGUGAUUCGUCGUAUUGGUGCUAUCUUUCGUAUUUUGUGUACGCCUUUAACGUAAUUGUACAGGUCUGUUUUACAGCUCGAGGUAAUUGCAGAACAGUGAAUAGGAUGGAAAUUAGGUCUGUUGGAACAAAGGAAUAUAAUUAGAUGCAAUCUGAUACCUCUUUACAAGCGGUUGUCCUUGUUCUUGCGUUUCGAUGGAGCAUUCCAGCGGAUGAAUAAAAAUCCAUCGAUUCCCAGCAAACGACCUUAAUCGUUCGUAUUUCCAGCGGGACCAAGAGUUACCAGUACUUUGGAGGCUACUGGUCGUAGAACCGUAUCCAGGACGAAAACGAGUUUGUAACCGUUCGCUCGAACAGAAAGUAGGAGUUCUCGUUGUUGGUCGUUAGUUUUGAUAUUCGUGGGUCUUGGGUGAUCGUGGCGAUCGAAAAGAUAGUGGAGUCGUCGUCUUCACCGGACGUAGCGGGAUUCCGAUACAUCAUGGUGAACCAUAAAGCGACUCCGAUGACAUCCCAUGUACCCUCCGAGGCGAUCGUAUCCGAUGGACCCUAAUGACACCGGUUCGAUGUUAUCAUCAGCAUCGUCGGGGUCGUCUAUUUCCGUCGCUUGGAACAGCGCGUCCUACGCGGCCAACUUGCGCUGAAAAAGGGCAGCGUUACGUCAUUAUCGGCGAACGAUGACGGCAAGUCGUGUGAUGUGUAACCGUGUAUGAAGCGAGCGUUAAUGGACCGUGGACGGAGCGUACGAUUAACCGAUCGAGUAGCUCCAUUAAUAACGACGAAGACGUUUUAUAGAGAACGCACGCAGUUGCAUCGAAGGGGAUGACCGAGCAACUUUAAAAAAAAGACGAAGCACCCUCGUCGAGCCGCAUUCUCGUUCGGUCGUUUCGUGAAUGAACCCCGUUCGAUCCGUUUGCUCGACACGCGCCUGUGCAUUAUUCUACGCGUGUGUAUGCGGUCGUUUACGGUCACGGUAACGCGAAAGUUGAUCGACGGUUUUCUCGUCUCUGGCAAGCUGCGCUAUCGUCUAUCAUCCGACGUCGAUGAACGUUGUCCAAGUUGUACGUACGUAAAUAUUCGGGUUUAUUCGUUCGUGUCGAUAAGUUGGUGAAAAGAAGUUAGAAGUAGAAGCGGUAGAAAUCGCGAUGUGAAGUUACAGAGAAGCGAGUGUGCUGUGUGAAGUUGGCGCGACGGUGUGCCACGACGAAUAGCUUCUGGAAUCCCAGAAGACGGAGAGAAUCGGUUCGCAGGCGAAGUUGCGACUCAACCUAUCGGAGAACUAGAUUCAUUGAAACUUAUCAGCUAUCUCGAGCAACUUGCUAUCCUGGAGUUAAGGUGUUGGAUAUUCGAGGGGGAGCAGGGGGAUUCGCCAGGACUCGUCUGUUCAAUUACACACAGUCCCAGGAUGAAGGGGAUGCUUUUGCUGAUGAGCACGCUGGUUUGGUUUGUUGCGGCGGAAGUUUUCCUUGGCGAUGUCGACGAGCCGAUACCGAUGCUGAAUGUGUCGGCGGUGGCUGGCUUCAAAGCUCAAAUACCUUGCGACAUCGAUCCAGCGAGUAGAAGCGAGGUGGUGAGCAUGGUUUUUUGGUACAAAGACGAAAGGGACGGCGAGCCGAUAUACAGUCUAGAUGCUCGCGGCAAAUCGAUAGCUCAGGCGAAGCUUUGGUCAGAUUCAUACGUAUUCGACGAAAGGGCGACCAUGAGGACGAACGUGGAUCCCGCGAAAUUGGAGAUCGAUCCCUUGGAGGCAACCGACGCGGGCGUGUACAGGUGCAGGGUGGAUUACAAAAAUAGCCCGACGAGAAAUCAGAAGGUUAACCUCACGGUGAUAGUGCCACCGAACAAGCCUGUGAUUUACACCGGGCCGGGUAAAAAUUUGGCCAAGGUAUUGCAGCCCUUUAACGAGGGUAGCGAGUUGUCGUUGUCGUGCGAGGUAAUCGGAGGUUCACCGCCACCCAAAGUCACGUGGCAUUUCGAAGAGGAAACGGACGACACGUACACGUUAGAACACGGGGACACUACGAUAAAUCAUCUCGACAUCACGAACGUCACCAGGAAGUUCCUCAGAGCUAGGCUAAUUUGUCGGGCAAGCAACACGCAUCUCGUUGCUCCUCUAACUUCCGAGAUUAUUUUGGAUAUUAAUUUGAAACCGUUAGUAGUGAAUAUUACGAACAAAGAAACGCACUUGUCGGCGUUAAAAACGUACGAAGUUGAAUGCGCCAGUUCGGGUUCCAGGCCAGAGGCUGUGAUCACUUGGUGGAAGGGAAACCAUCAGGUCAAACACAUGGCCAGAAAUUUUGCAGAUAGUCCGAACAUCACGAGAAGCGUGUUGAGUUAUGUACCCACCAUGGAGGACGAUGGAAAAUAUCUGAUCUGCCGGGCGGAGAAUCCGGUUGUACCUAACAGCGCCCUGGAAGAUAAGUGGCGACUGCUAGUUCACUCCGUUUCUUUAUUUCCACGAGUAUGUACUCGCUUCUGGCCAUCGAAUUUAGUUAUUAGAACAGCGAGUAGGGAAACGUGUAAUACCUUGACCGAAAGCUCACGAUUCAAGGAUUACAAUGGCGCUGAUCCGAAGUGGCAAACUCAGCAUAUUGUUAUAAAUGCACCAAUAGUGACGAUCAAGCUGGGCUUGAGCUUGAAGGCAAACGACAUAAACGAGGGCGAUGACGUCUACUUCGAAUGCGACGUUCAGGCGAAUCCCAAAGCGUACAAGCUGGCAUGGUACAAAGACGGCAAGGAGCUGCAUCAGAACUCGACUGCUAGAAUUUUUCUUCCCAGCGGACAAUCUUUGGUUUUGCGAAGCGUGACUAGAAAUUCCGCCGGCGAAUAUUCUUGCAUGGCAGUCAAUGUCGAGGGGAAAUCUACCAGCAGACCGGUAACCUUGGACAUAAUGUACGCGCCUGUCUGCAAAGACGGCUCAUCUACCCAAGUUGUCGGCGCCUUGAAGCACGAGACGAUCUCGCUGGUAUGUGGCGUGCAGUCGAAACCGCCGCCCAUCACUUUCCACUGGACCUUCAACAAUUCCGGCGAGCUGAUGAACGUGCCGGCCAACAGAUUCACGCAAGUGAAGCCGCUCAGCCUCAUCACUAGCCACUGGCAUGGAUCCAGGUUGAACUAUACUCCAGCAAACGACAUGGACUAUGGCACGGUUGCCUGCUGGGCGAAAAACCGGAUAGGGGUGCAAAAGACGCCCUGUCUUUUUCAGAUCAUCGUCGCCGGGAAACCUUAUCCCCUUCAGAAUUGCACGGCCCUCCAGUCGACCGGUCCGUACGCGUAUCGAAUGGGUCACGAGGAUUUCAAAGCCACCGAAUCGAGGGAUGCGGAUUGGUUGAUCGUCAGAUGCUCGGAGGGAUUUGACGGCGGUUUGCCCAUAACUAAUUACGAGCUGGAGGUGUAUAGCGAGGAGAACGUUUAUCACUUCAAUACCUUUUACCUAAACCACACAGAGAGAUCCAGCUCGUCCGGUCCGGUUUUUGAGGUUCCUGGUUUAGAGACCGGUCGUAAAUAUAGGCUUCAUCUUUACGCUGUCAACGCAAAGGGUCGAAGCGACCCUGUAGUCCUUGAACCAGUCACGCUCAAAGCAGUCGCUAUGUACACCACCGAUCGCGGAACUUCCGACGGCAGCAUGGACUACAGUCUUCUGGUGGCGUGUUUCGCCGGUGGAAUAACAGCCGUGUGCAUCCUGAUCGUCGGCAUAACUCUGACACUGUAUCGCCGUAACCAUCCGAUGCAAUCGAUGAAAACUCACACCGAAGUGGUGCGUUACGGCAACAAAGACGACAGAGUGGUUAUAGCGCCGUUGAAUAAGGAGACCAGCGACGAGAUCAAAGGAGAAACGAUCAACGAUAUGGCCGAUGACGAUCCUGACGUGAUUCCAAGCAAGAUGGAUAAGAGGCCCGACAUCUUCGAACCGAAUUACGAGACUUCCAAGUCGGACAGAACGAAAGAUUUCGGUCAUUUGGAGGAGCUGGAUUAUCCGACGCCCUCGUCGGUCUUGCAUACAAAGGACUCGUGGAUCUAUCCUAACGGCUACGUGAAAAAGGUGGAGAAGAGCUUGAGCCCGUUGCGACCCAGCACGCUUCCUGUCCAUCGUAGUCACGAUAUUUACACGAGAAGUUCGCGUGUCCAAGAGAGCUGUAUAUAGGCGGUCCUGGUGCUUCGUCGACGAUCGUGGCGUCACGACUGAUGCUGACCAAAUUGACGAGCCGCGACUCGUUUUCCGAUACUCACCGACGAAUUUUGCUCCAGCGUAUGAGUUUUAACGUCCGAUGCUCGCUUCGCAGGUUUUUGUUUCCAUCCCAUCGUUUGAUCGUACAAGUAGCUUCCGAAAUGAAUGAGAUACACGUUUGAAGAAGGUAGACAGUGGAUGUGUUGGAAUAAAUUUUGGCAAUUAAUUUAACUCUGCGUAAUACCGUACGAUUUGGAUGUUAUUAACACACGCGUAUGGUACGUACCAGUUAUAAUAGGUCGUAACGUAUGAAAUGCCGGUUCGAAUGCUUCGGAUUCUUCAGUUAGAUCGUACCAAGGAGUACAUUGUCCGAAGCGUGAUAAACGCGGACUUAUGUUCUCUUUCGUUGCGCGUAUCUUCUGUCGAGGAUCGUGUUUAAGGUUCUUCAAGAUCCUCUUUGUAACGGUACAACGAGUACGCGCAAAAUUGACAUCACUUUUCUUCGUUUCAGGUGAGUUUAAUUACUUUGAUUACAAAUGUGUGUUUCAACGUUGAAACUCGAAUUGGAAGCGUCAGUUACUCUGCAAAAACCUAACGUAGUUGCUGAUUUUCCAACGAAAAUGCAGGUAACCGAUC